AUGGGAGACGCGUGGGUGGGAAAGGGGUAUGUGAGAGUAGACUCGCCCAUGGGUGACGAUGUCAGUCGUUCGGCCACGCAUGAUUUGUUGUUGGAGAGGAAGGCGUAUGACAGCGACCGCCGUGUCGAGAAACGUUCUUUCGAAGGUAUGUGGUGCGCGGGCGGUUUGGCACUGUUGUGGAUCCCCAUCGCUCUUUCUACUGUAGCGGUGGUGUCAUCAAAGGCUCAGACAUACAUCCUGCUAGCAUCAUUUUGCGUUCCCGCUUGGAUGCAGCUCGUUCACCUUUUCCUUGCACGUCGCGUCAACCGCCUUCGACGUCAACAACCAAGCGAAGCUCGACCACCUCACCAGCCUACCGAUACGUCCACCUCUCCCAGCGCCUUCUCCGCCGCAUCUUCAGCAGUCAUCGUCAACCCCACACUGCGCCCGCGUCGGCCACACUACCGCUCAUACUCCUUCCCACUCGUAUCCCAACUCAACGGCUACCGAACCUCAUACCUUUCCGACAACUCCAGGGCUCGAAGCGUUCCGUACCUCUCCCAACACUGGACGGCAGGCAAGGUCAGCGGCGAUCGAGUCGUAGCUCCCCGGAGUAGCUUCGUGAGGGGUUUGAGCCUCAUGUUCCAUCCACGUCCCAAGCUGGAGGUUCUGCCCGUACGCGGUAGGUCUGCCGGAGAUGGUGGCAUGAGGAGACAAGGUGUGAUGUCGAGGUUGGAUGUGUCUGGCGUUGAAAGGUGCGCGGGUACGAUGGAUAGCGAGAGGGCAUGUUUCGUCGAAGCGUCGGCACCCUCUCUCGAGCUUCAGCAGAGAGAAAGUGAAGGACAACUGCUGGAAUCAUCUGCAGGGAUGACGGACGUGGUUCUCGACUUGGACGAGACACCGGGCAGCCCACGUCUUCCACCACAACCGCUACGAGACCAUGUCGAGCUCGAAUCACCUACAAAGCGUCCGCCCGUUCAGGAUCUUUCGAAUCGAUCCGAGUCACACUCAGCUCGAUCACCAGGGUUCUCGGACGACCCUUCGAUCAUGGGCAACAGCAGCACCUCGAGGCUGUUCUCCGAGAUCCUGCACAUGGUGCGCGCUCCCGUCCACAGCAAUUCUUCUCCUCAAAAUCUGAACCGAACGCCCUCCGAACACCGCUACAACUUGAUCAAUUCUAGUCAGCUCAGCCUGUACGCCACCGCCAAUGAAAGCACCUCCAUUCCCCAACAACCGGACGUCUCCCCCCCAACAUCUCUCUCUCGCAAUCCCUCCAGCUCCUCCACUGUCUCCCUCUCCAGCAUCUCCAGUCGUAUUCGAACCUCACUCCGUCGUCAGCCCUCAACAUCAUCAUCAUCAUCGUCACCUCGGAUCAAAAAGAUCCGGAGCAGGACGUUCGCUUCGGCCUUUGGGAUCGAGCUCAACCUGUUGAAUCGAGGGAGUGUAGAGGGAUCUCCUUCGACGAUUUCCGAGGGAGGGACGGUGGGUAGUUUGAUGGACAGUCCGAGUCGGGCACCUCUCGGGUAUAAGGCGCCGGGUGAGAUGGAGUGGAUAAUGCAUAGGAGGCAGACGUCGAGAGCGGAUUCGAUUGUUGAUUUGCGAGAAGAGGUGGAGGAGGUUAUCAGCUGUGCAGAAGAAUCCUGUGAUUCGCAGCACCACGAUGAUGAAGAAUUAAGAGAGGAGGGAGGGGUGGAUCUGGCAGAUAUGACGUUCAACGAUGACGUGUGGGAUCGCCAUGCGCUCGAUACAGACGAUGAGAUCGACAGCUCGAUGGCGGUGGGAGAAGACGAUCUGAUGGGAUUCGAGCCGAGACGUGUGGUCGCGCGACCGCCGUUUUUGGAUACGGUUACGGAAGAACCUGAAGACGUCGAAGUGGAAGAGGUUGGAGAAUGUAUUGGGGAAGGCGGAGGAGGGGUAGCGAAGCUGCUAAGGGAACACGAGAUGAUGUUCCCGCACAAGACCUUGUCGCGGAUCGAAGAGGUGACGGAGUUGACGACGAGAUCGUCGAGGAUGAUGUUGGACAGUAGUGGUAGUGCCGGGAGCAGAAGAGCGGGGAACAUUGAUGGGGACGGAGAGAGGGAGAUUCGAUUAGGGUUGCCACUGAGUCUCGGGUGUGAGAUGGACGAGAACGAUGCGAGGAACGGAUUUGGGUCUGUAGAAGAGAUCGAAGACGACGACGUGGACGCGGACGCGGACGAACCUGGAAAAGGUGGCUCGGAAAGGAUCCUUCCCUUCGUCACCCCUCGAAGUACCAUCCGACGACGAGCAGCAGCAGCACGACUCGCGCCUCCCACUCCCACUCGAAAGUUCUUCGCCACCUCCCCAACAUCGUCGAAAGUGACUCCUCUGAUCUCUCCUUCACCUCGAUCCAAGACCACGCGACUCUCGCAACUCGGCCUGGAUCAAGGCAUCUGGUCUUCCUCCCCACCCCGCCUACCGCUCAACAACGCUCUCGAUCACAGCUUCGAACUCGUCUCUCCACCCGCACGAGCCGACUUCUACCCGAACAGUCAUUCACCUCGACGCCAUCUCCGCAAACACUCGACCACUUCCCCUCCGGCGAAAAAGGUUCUUCACAAAGCCUCAUCCUCCCAAAAACGGCGCAAGAGCAGACUCAAAGGUGUAGCCGUGAUGAUCGCACGACAUCGAUUCACGGUGGUCGACGAAGAUGAUUCGCUGGUUCGGCAGUGA